AUGGAUAAAUUAUUGAUGGUUUCCUUUCUUGGUAUGCUGAUGGCAGUUUAUGGAGUUGCAGGAAACAUGGUAUAUGCCAACAUUGGCAUACUUGAUGAGCUUGAAAGCUUUGACAUUGAGGAAGACAAUGAGGUGAACAUUUUCGACAUCCCAUCAUGGACAAGUGAACGUGGUUGCAAGGUUCUUGUUAACGUGGAUAGCUUUGGUGCAGUUGGAGAUGGAGUUUCUGAUGAUACUCAGGCUUUCCAAAAAGCCUGGGACAUUGCCUGCUCUACAACACAAUCGGUUUUCUUGGUACCCCUGGGACGCCAGUAUCUAGUAAAUGCAACAAAAUUUCAAGGGCCAUGCAAAGAUAAGCUAGUCAUCCAGAUUGAUGGAACUAUAGUAGCACCAGAUGAGCCUAAUAAUUGGGAUCCAAAAUUCUCACGAGCAUGGCUUGAAUUUUCUAAAUUGAAUGGAGUCCUUUUCCAAGGGCAUGGAGUUAUUGAUGGCUCUGGCAGUAAAUGGUGGGCCUCAUCCUGCAAAAAGAACAAGUCAAAUCCUUGCAGAGGGGCACCAACAGCAUUGACUAUUGAUAAGAGCUCAGCUAUAAAGGUAAAAGGCCUCACCAUCAAGAACGGCCAACAAAUGAACUUUGUCAUCUCUCAGUGUGACUCAGUGCGAGUUAAUGCAGUACAAGUCUCGGCUCCAGGAGACAGCCCCAACACUGAUGGAAUCCAUAUAACUUCCUCUACCAAUGUGGUUCUCCAAGACUGCAAAAUUGGAACAGGGGAUGAUUGCAUUUCAAUUGUCAAUGGUACCUCCAAUAUUAAGAUGAAGAGAAUCUUUUGUGGACCGGGACAUGGAAUCAGCAUCGGAAGUCUUGGGAAGGACAACUCCACUGCCAUAGUCACAAAAGUGGUCGUGGAUACAGCAAUCCUCAGGGAGACUGCCAAUGGCCUCAGGAUUAAGACUUGGCAGGGUGGUUCUGGUUAUGUUCGUGGAGUCCGUUUUCAAAAUGUGAGGAUGGAAAAUGUAUCAAACCCCAUAAUUAUAGAUCAGUUUUACUGUGAUUCCCCCAAAUCUUGUCAAAAUCUGACAUCAGCUGUGGAAAUAAACCAAGUCAUGUACUUUAACGUUUCCGGGACUACAAAGAGUGCUAAGGCCAUGAAAUUCGCCUGCAGUGACACAGUUCCAUGCAGCAACAUAGUCCUGACUAACGUCAACUUGGAGAAGAAGGAUGGCACGGUGGAGACAUAUUGCAACUCUGCCCAGGGCUUCGGGUAUGGCAUUGUGCAUCCUUCGGCAGAGUGUCUAAAUUCCCAUGACAAAGACUCUAUGGUCAUCGCUGAUCCGGCAUCCGAAGUUGAGCUUGCGGAUCCCAGCAGGGAGGAGAUUGUGCACACUGAACUCUGA